GAGAAAGUAGACUGUCUUUUUCUUUCUGCAGGCUCUUUCCUUUCAACGCAACAGUUGACGUUGAACAAAUACACCAUUGCAAUAGCAAUGGUUGAAUGAUUUUCUCAAAGCUGCGCUGAGAAGCUCCUAUACUGGUCAUGAUCGUUCCGUGUGUCAACGUUGUCUCAAGCCAUGCGAAUCCUCUCACAAAUGCAACACUUCUGAUUCAUCACGAACUAUUUAGGAUGCUUAGACUCGCAGGGCUUCAUAAUGAUGAUGUCUUGUUCGUUCAUAAUUUUUGCUUUAGCAGCCAAGGCGAUUUGGUUGGCCCUCCUGCUAUGUUUUACGGCUACUUAUGGUUACUUUCGGUUACUAAAAAGGUGGAAUCAUUGAUCAAUAUCCUCGGACGACUAUCGAUCUUGGCGGGUGGGGUAUGCAACACACGUUUCAUUUCUCUCAGGCUGUUCCAAUUUACGCGCCGUCUCUUCUUCUUUCACCAAUCCUGCUGACUCUUUUCGGUCUCGUUCUUCCGCUGGACGAGUGUCCUCAUAUAACUUAACUGGUGGACCACACGUUCUCUACUUGUAUUCGCAUCUAACUCUAAAGCCUGGUUGAUCACUAUGGAGUCUGGCAUGCUGGCGUACGGAUUGUUGGCAUUCGCCACAGUCGCCUAUCUCUUCAGAUGGUUGAUGCCUCCUAAAUCGAGCUUGCCAGACAUCCCUGCAGUGACACCAACGACACCAAUUUUGUCCUUCUGGGGUUCAAUCAAGAAUUUGACGCACAAUAAGGAGUUGAUUUUAGAAGGUUACCAUAAGUACAAAGGUCGCGCUUUCAAGGUCCCAGAGCUCUUCCGCUGGCAUGUCAUCGUUACUGGACCUAAACUAGUGGACGAGCUGCGUAAAGCGCCUGACGAGAUGCUCAGUUUCAAAGACGCGGUUAUUGAGCAAAUCUCGAUGGAUUGGACAUUUGGUCCAGCAAUCAUGGGCAAUCCCUAUCAUAUCCCACUCAUUCGCUCGAACUUAACCAGGAAUCUGGUCGUUCUAUUCUCAGGUGUUCGAGAAGAACUAAUGGCGGCAUUUAAUGAUGCUAUUCCUCCUAGUGAUGAUUGGAUUGCCGUCCCUGCGCUUGAGACCCUGAUGACGAUCGUGUCUAGGACGAGCAACAGGAUCUUUGUCGGACUCCCUACCUGUCGUAACCCAGACUACGUCGAUUUGAACAUCAAGUUUACCAUCGAUGCCGUCACUACCGGUAUCAUGCUUAAUAUGGUUCCUGCUUUCCUCCGACCAAUCGUGGGGAGGCUACUCACAAGUGUGCCCAAGAGCAUAGAACGAGGCGUUAAACACCUUGGACCUGUUAUUAAAGAACGAUACAGAAUGGUCGAAGAAUAUGGACAUGACUAUGAGGGCAAACCUAAUGACAUGUUGAGCUGGCUUAUCGACGAAGCGGAAGGUGUAGAGACGGGUGCUAGAGAGCUCGUUCUCCGAAUCCUCUCAAUUAAUUUUGGCGCUAUUCAUACUUCAUCUAACAGUUUCACGCACGCACUCUAUCGCCUAGCUUCCAACCCAGAAUGGACCCUUACCUUGCGCGAGGAAGUUGAACAGGUUGUCAAAGAAGAAGGAUGGACAAAGAACGCUCUACAGAAGAUGCACAAAGUUGACAGUUUCCUCAAGGAGUCUCAACGAUGUGACGGACUCGGUAGUGUCUCAAUUACUCGUCUUGCCGUUCAAGAUUUCACCUUCUCCGACGGAACGUUCAUCCCUAAAGGAACAUUCGUCUCAGCGGCGAUGAUGCCUAUACAUCAUGAUGAAGAGUUCUACGAAAACCCCGAGAUGUUCAACCCGUGGCGAUUCGCCGAGAAGAGAAGCGGUGAAGGCGAGGAGUUGAAACAUCAACUGGUCUCGACGAAUACGGAAUACAUCACGUUCGGACAUGGGAAGCAUGCUUGCCCGGGACGUUUCUUCGCUGCGAACGAACUCAAGGGUAUGCUUGCACAUGUGGUGACUACCUACGACGUCAAAUUGGAGAAAGACGGAGAAAUUCCUCCGCCCAGUUGGAUCGCUCAAUCUCUGGUGCCUAAUAGGACAGGGAAGGUUUUAUUCCGGAAGCGGCGAGACUGAGCAGCUGUGUGUAGAUAACUCUAAGUUCCUUCUAUACUCACGUGUGGAUGUUUCUCUACUCCCCUGUUUUGUGCUAUGGACACCGGUGUCGAGUAUCAAAUGAGUUGCAGCUCGAAGUAAGCUGAUGAUCACUAAUCUCCCGAAGCCCGUUUAGGUAGGGAUCAUGCAUUAUAAAGCACAGCGCGGCAA